AGAGAGAGACAGAGAGAGGACGCAGAGAAAAGAUGGAUCCAUUUUCAUCGCCUUCGAGCGGGUCGUCGUCCCAACCGUCAACAGAGGCCAUCAUGGACCAGUUGAAGACUCAGCUUGCCCAGGCUUACAUGGAGGAGUUCGUUGAGACGAUAAGAGGGAAGUGCUUUGAAAAGUGCAUUACAAAGCCAGGGACAAGCCUGAGUGGGAGUGAAAGUAGUUGCAUUUCAAGAUGUGUGGAUCGCUACCUUGAAGCCACGGGUAUUAUUAGUCGAGCGCUUCUGUCCUCUCCACGCUAGAGGUUUCAAUCCCUUGAGGAUCUUUUGUAGCUGCCAAAUCUCAGAGGAAUUGCAUCAUAGAGUGCAUGUUGUGGGUUCUUAUCAUUGAAGCUCACCAUGAGCCUUGGUUCACACAAAAAUUGUUCAUUUAAAUAUUUAACGUGACAUAGUUCUUAUAAACGUCU